GCCAGAAACAGCUGACAAGCCCAGUUAUUGUCCUGAGCCACAAUGACACAGGUCAUCCACGGGUUAUAAAGGCAGCGCGUGGCCCACAGCUGCUGCUACAGUGUGACCAAGUUUAGCCAACACAAUGGGCAAGAUCAUCUUCUACGAGGACAGGAACUUCCAGGGUCGCUCCUACGAGUGCAGCAGCGAAUGCUCCGACCUGCACUCCCACUUCAACCGCUGCAACUCCAUCAGGGUGGACAGCGGCGACUGGAUGGUCUACGAGAGGCCCAACUACAUGGGCUACCAGUACUACCUGAGGAAGGGGGACUACACCGACUACCAGCGCUGGAUGGGGUUCAACGACUGCGUGCGAUCCUGUCGCAUGAUCCCCAUGCACCAAGGUUCUCAUAGACUGAUGAUCUACGAGCGUCCGGAGUUCGGAGGCCAGAGGAUGGAGCUGACUGACGACUGCCCGUCCCUGUAUGAGCGCUUCCACUUCAACGACAUCUACUCCUGCAACGUGAUGGACGGCUACUGGAUCUUCUACGAGCACCCCCACUACAGAGGCCGCCAGUACCUGAUGCGCCCCGGCGAAUACAGGAGGUUCAACGAGUGGGGGGGCUUGAGUCCCAGGGUGGGCUCCAUCAGACAUGUCUCUGUGUGAGCAACAUGAGCUGUCAAUAAAGAACUAUCCUGCUA